UAUCUCGACUAAACACGGCACUUAUUAUAAGAUUAGAGAGCGGGCUGUUAAGAUGGACGCUGUAAAUACUUAUUUUGAGAAAGGUGCUUUACUAGUAAUAGCUGACUUGCUAAGCUUAAUAACUGUGACUUCAUGCCUCGUUAUAAAAGUGCCGCAAAUAAAUACCAUAAGGCAAAACCAAUCUUCGAAAGGAAUAAGUGUGUUUGGACUAUGCCUGGAACUUUUUAGCUACACAGUGAUGAUAUCCUACAACUACAGCAGUGGCUAUGAUUUCUUAUCUUACAUGGAGUAUCCGGUGCUGUUGUUGCAGGAAUAUGCGCUUAUCUAUUAUGCUUUCAAAUAUCAGGAUCUUUUGGGUAUCAGGACGCAGAUAGUAGCCGUACUCUAUAUGAUUAUAGCGACUCUUAUCUAUCUUAAACUGUUCCCAAUAAUUAUUCUUACAUUCCUGGUGCCCUUCUGCACACCAAUUGGAGCUACUAGCAAGGUUUUGCAAUUACUUGCCAUAUUAAGAACGAAGGAUGCCAGUUCAGUCAGCCGCACCACUUGGGCUCUAUCUGCUUUCACCAACAUGACUCGCAUAUAUACGGUGUAUGUUCAGUCCCACGAUUGGAUGUUGCUUUCAAACUUCUUGAUAUCGACGUUCCUUAGCGCUUCUGUUUUUGCGGCUGCAUGCGUUUACAAGAAGAAGGCCAAGAAGGCUUAAAUUAAAUACGACUGGAUUACGAUGAAAUGCACGACUUCCACGCUCAUUGAACAUAUACUCGAAGCACAAAACAAAUCCAAUUUGUGUCCGUUGUGUUAGUUAAUUUGUUUAUGUAUUAAUUUCCUUAGACAAUUUCAUUAAGUAUUUUUAACUCUA